ACUGGUGAAUCCUCACAGUUUAGUGACAGGAGGCGGAAAGCGUUCAAAAAGAAAGAAGAAGAGAAUGGACACGACUCCUCGACCAUUAGCAUGUCCUCCAUUACUAUUAGCAUAGACGAAGAGAAUGAGCCUCAUUAUACUCUUGGUGGGAUAAUAGAAGCAGAGGAACUAUCAGAACCACUCUCAUUGUGUCUAGUAGCUAAAUAUCCAAUUUAUGAUGCUUUACAGGUUCUAUUAAAAAGUAUAUACAUUCACCAUGUGAUGGGUGAUACAUUAGACAAGUCUUCAUCUUCACAGCUCUCAGUCUCUUUUCACUCUACUACAAUGGAGGAGCUGAUAUCCGAAUUACUGAUUGACCUUCGGUUCCCUUUGCCAGGGAAACCACUCGUGAAGCGUAGCUUUGGCCCACUCAAGGAGCUAACUUUAGUGCCAUUGAAUGUAAUGGAGACAAUACCUUAUACUUCAGAUAAUACUUAUAGACUGUUGAAAGCUAUUGGUGUUCAUGGCCUGUUGCAGUUAUUUUCAUUGAUCUUGGUUGAUGGGAAGUUGUUAUUUAUUUCUUCUAGUAUCACUGCCAUCACUUCAGCCAUUAUCAGUGUUGUGUCAUUGAUGUAUCCAAUUGGGAUUGAUCAUUUCUCUUGUCUCCUGAUUCCAAGUGGUUUUGUUGAGUACCUUCACUGCAUUACUCCAUUCUUAAUGGGACUCCAUCGCUCAUUACUAGUAGAACUGGAUGAAGAGCCACUAGAUGUCACACUAGUUGAUCUUGACAGUGGGGAGAUUAGGUUUGGCGAAACGGUUGAGCUACCUAUUAUACCUUCAGAUCUGCUCACUCCAGUCAAAACUGCUCUCAUUAAAAUUGUUGAUCCUUCAUGGGAGCAUAAGGAUCUAUUAAUAGCUCCUGUCAAUAAGCCGAGAAGCAUCUAUUAUCAG